UGGAUUGAAAACAACAACAGAAUGCUCUUCUUCCUUUCCGAAAGAGAGAAAAAAAAAAAAAAAAAAGAAAGGAUUCCGAUCAAUAUAUCUUUGUUUGAAUGCAUGUUAGUGCUCUGUACUGCAAAUCAUCUUUUUCACACUUGCUUCUCAAUGUUGGUGUGAUAUAUAAGAGGAGUUGAGUGGUAGAGAUAUAGUUGUGAAAGCUUGGUAAAAGAAAAAAGAUGGGAGGGCAAACGUCAAGAGAGAGAAAGAGAAAUCCCACUGAUCCUUUCACUGAUACUGUGUUUUCUUCGUCAGUGGAAGACAUUUCCAAUGAAAAUCUUUAUAAAGACAAGCAACUUAUGGGAGCUGGGGAAUCUUCCAACAAGUUAAUGCUAGAAGUUUCCAAGCUCAAGAUUAGCUUGAGUACUCAUCAUGGUGGAUUUAGAAACAGAGAUCAGUACUAUCUUCCGGGCCCACUCUUUGGUCCCUACUCUUUUGUAAACAUUUCUUGUGGAAAAGAAGAAAUGGACGAUGAUGAUCAACAUAACAGGAAAAAUAUGGUUGAAGUUGCUGUUGUGGUUAGAGCUGUCCAGAAUCUCUACAAAGCAUGGAAGGGCUUCAGAAAGCAGCUUAGCAUUGCUGUGGCAUCUCCAUAUACUGCUCAAGUUGACGAAAUAAAAGACAAACUUGGAGAGAAGUACAAGAAUCUUGAUAAAUUUAUAGUGAAAGUGUUGACGUUUGAUGAGUUACAAGGAAAAGAAGAGGAUAUAAUAAUAUUAUCCACUGUAAGAUCAAACUGUGACGGAUCACUUGGAUUGCUUUCUAAUAACCAAAGAGUCAAUAAUGUAGCUUUGACAACAGCCAGACAGUGUCUUUGGAUUCUGGGAAAUGAAAGAACUUUGUCAAAAAAUGAUUCUGUUUGGAAAUCGAUUAUAUGCGACGCAAAGAAUCGGAAUUGUUUCUUCAAUAUUGAGGAAGACAAGGAGAUGUCAGACUUUGUAAAUGAAAUCAAGAAAGAGCUUGAUCAAUUGGAUGAGGUGUUUGAUGCUAAUAGUCCCCUUUUCAAGAAUGCUAGGUGGAAGGUUCUGUUCAGCGAUAACUUCAGGAAAUCAUUCGGUAAGAUUAAGUCAUUGCAGAUGAAGAAGUUAGUCAUGAACCUGUUACUGAGGCUUGCGAAUGGCUGGAGACCGAAGCAGAGGAAUGUUGGCAUAAUCUGUGAUAAAUCAAAACUUGCUCUGAAACAAUUCAAGGUUAAAGAUCUUUAUGUUAUUUGUUCAGUUGACAUAGACCAUGAGGAAUUUCGGUACAUCCAAGUUUUGAAGGUCUGGGAUUUGCUGCCGCUGGUGGACAUUCCAAAACUGGUCAAGAGACUUGAUUCCAUGUUUCUGACAUACACUGAUAAGUUUCUUAAUCAUUGCAAGGAAAAAUGUAUUGAAGGGGGUUUGGAGAUUCCAAUGAGCUGGGAAACAUCCCAUCACAUUGUGCGUCACAAGAAAUCUAGCUGCAUUCAAGAAGGAAAUAAUGAAAGAAGGUUUUUGCAGGAUUCAAAGGUCGGUGACAGUUUGCUGCUUACGAAAUUCUAUUCAAUCUCGUCUGGUAUGGUGAGCGACUUGCUCUCUAGCUGCAAUGGCAUGGAACUGGAACUUCCAUUCGAAUUGACUAGACAAGAAAUGGAGAUAAUCAAUUUUGGUAAAAGCUCCUUCAUUCUUGGGAGGUCAGGAACAGGAAAAACAACAGUCCUUAUUAGAAAGUUAGUUCAGAUAGAGCAGUUAUAUCAUGUAGCUUCAGAAGGUUUCCAUGAAUUCAAAGGUUGUAGAUCCUCCAAGUUUGAAAUAGCAGAAGAUGGUGAAAGAGUUGAAGAAAGCGAGGAGACGUUUCUGCACCAGAUUUUUGUGACUCUCAAUCCACGACUAUGUUGUGCUGUAAAACAACAUGUUUCUGGAUUGACAAGGUUUGCUUGUGGUGAGAAAUCUGCAGAAGAUUCGACUUCAAUUCGUUUGGAUGAUAUGGAUGAUGUAUCGAAUUUUGAAGAAAUUCCAGAUUCUUUUGUCGGUCUCCCUCCUAAUUUAUACCCACUUGUUCUAACAUUUCACAAGUUUCUCAUAAUGCUGGAUGGAACAUUAGGCAAUUCAUUCUUUGAUAGAUUUCCUGAAGCAAAGGAAGAUUCUAAUGAAAGUUCAAAAUCAAUGGCCUUAACCACAUUUAUUAGAAUGAAGGAAGUUAACUUUCACAAGUUUAACAUUUCUUAUUGGCCUCAUUUCAAAAAGAAGUUAACCAACGGUCUUGAUCCCUCCACAGUUUUCGCGGAAAUAACGUCUUAUAUAAAGGGUGGACUGCAGGCUUGGAAUGUUCGUGAUGGAAAACUUAGUUGCAAGGAUUAUAUUUCGCUGUCCAGUAGCCGGGUGUCAACAUUAAGUGAACCUGAAAGGCAGCAGAUAUACGAGAUUUUUAUGCAAUAUGAAAAGAAAAAGAAAAUGAAUGUUGAAUAUGAUUUGGCUGAUCUAGUGACUGAUCUUCAUCUUCGACUCAAAGAAAAAGAGUACGAGGCUGCCAAGUUUGACUUUGUAUAUAUCGAUGAAGUGCAGGAUUUAACUAUGGGCCAGAUUGCACUUUUUAGACAUGUGUGUAGAAAUGUGGAAGGUGGUUUUGUUUUCGCCGGUGAUACUGCGCAGACAAUUGCAAAAGGGAUUGACUUUAGAUUUGAGGACAUUCGCCACCUUUUCUAUGAGGAAUUUGUAAUGAAAUCAAGAGGUGAUAGAAUCUAUGGGAGAGGAGAGAAAGGUGUAAUUGCAGGCAUAUCCCAGUUGAGCCAGAACUUUCGAACUCAUGCGGGUGUUUUGAAGCUAGCUCAGAGUGUUAUUGACCUUGUUUAUCAUUUUUUCCCACUCUCUAUAGAUCCCUUGAACCCUGAGACAAGCCUCAUCGAUGGGGAAACUCCAGUAUUGGUUGAAUCUAGGAAUGGUAAAAUUGAGUUCUCUUUCAUGUUGAGUAAUUCUGGAGAUUGUGGAAGGAGUCUGGUUGGCUUUGGAGCUGACCAGGUUGUCUUGGUAAGAGAUGACAACGUCAAGAAUGAAAUUCUGAAAUACAGUGGGAAUCAUGCUCUUAUAUUAACAAUAUCCGAGUGCAAGGGCCUAGAAUUUCAGGAUGUCCUGUUGUACAAUUUCCUUUCUUCAUCACCUAUCAAAGAACAAUGGAACCUCAUAUACUCUUUUAUGAAGGAAAAGAAUAUCCUUGGCCAUACAUCACGGUGGUCGUUUCCAAGUUUGGACCAUGCUAAGCAUAGACUUUUGUGUUCUGAGCUGAAGCAACUGUAUGUGGCUAUUACUCGUACAAGGCAAAGGCUAUGGAUUCUUGAGACUGGUGACGGUGAAGGGUUUUCCGCACCCAUGUGCGACUAUUGGAAAACGAUGCAACUUGUCAAAGUUCGAGGACUUGAUGAUUCAUUUUUGGAGGAGAUCCAAGUUUGCAGCAGCAAAGAGGAGUGGAAGUCGAGAGGCAUUAAGCUUUUCAAAGAACAGAAGUAUGAGCCUGCAAAAAUGUGCUUUGAAAGAGCAGGAGAGGCGUUUUUGGCAAAGUGGGCUGAAGCUUCUGGCCUUCGAGCUGCUGCUUGGAAUAUAAGCACUUCAAAUUCUGAUGUGGCUGGGGUGUAUCUCAAGAAUGCUGCUAUAAUAUUCAAUUCUAUUGAAAAAUUUGAGGAAGCUGCCAAGUGCUUCUACGAAUCGAAGGAAUACAAUUUGGCUGGUUCUAUUUAUCUGGAAAAUUUUGGGGAUUCUAAGCUACAAGAAGCUGGAGAAUGUUUUGUUCGAGCACGGUCUUAUGAGCGUGCAGCUUUUGCAUAUGCCAAGGGCAACUUCUUCACUAAAUGUUUGGAAUCUUGCCUUCAGGGAAAACUAUUUAACAAGGGACUUCAUUACAUUCCCUACUGGAAAGACCAUGCAACCCAAAAUAAUUACAUGACAAGAGACAUGAAUGAAAUCGAUGCAAUCCAUCCCAAAAGCUUAAACUAUUAG